AUGAUGAAUAAUCUACAAGUAUUGAUAUUUCUAUUAUCAUUGAAUGUAUUUACUACUCAAUAUCUUCUUUAUGAUACGAAUGAGUCAUCAAUCUCGAAAUCAGUUUUUGACUGUCUUUAUGCUCAUUUGAUAGAUUAUGACUAUUAUGAGGAUUACCGAUAUAGAACGAUCCAUCAGAUUGUUCCAUAUUGUCGAAGACUCGAUCAAAAUGAUGCACCAGAUGACUUCUCCAAUAUUUCACAAAGUAAUAUAAACAAUAUCAUUACAUUUGAACAAUUGUAUAAACAAGGUGUAACAAGUACACAAUUACUUAAUUGGUCAGCAUCAAUUGAUAUCGCUGAAAAAUAUGAAAUAAAAGGUGCAGAUUCGACAGAGAUUUUUUACAAUUGUUCAUCACCUUGGUUUGGCUCAAAAUGUCAAUAUAGAUUCGAGAAUAAUGUUCAAGCAACUUUUCAUGAUAUUGUUCGAUUACAGUUUUUCACUCGUAACACUUUCGGUAAUGCACCAAUAACAUGUCUUGAUUGGCGUAUGAUUUGUGAUGGAAAAUUUGAUUGUAUCAAUCGAAUGGAUGAAGAUAAUUGUCAAAUAUUGGAAACGAAUGAAUGUUCUUCUGAUACAUACAGAUGUCAUUUUGGUGGACAAUGCAUUCCAUUGGCAUUUGUACGCGAUGGAUCUAAUACUGUUGAUUGUCUUGAUGGGACUGAUGAAAUGCAUUUAUUCGAAGCAAGACGUUAUCAUUUCGCCAGUAGCUGCUUUAAGAUUCCAACAUUUGCAUGCGAAGAACGCACUGGACCAUAUCAACGUUAUUUUUCAUGUAGUGAUGAUGGCAUUUCUGACUGUUACUAUGGUGAAGAUGAAGCAGAUGUUCAUGCAUGCCAUCUCAAUGAUUCUCAACCAUUUAUUUGUGAAUCAGAGUCAAACAAAUGUUUAUCACUAAUAUUAGUGCAAAAUGGAAACAAAGAUUGUAAAGAUGGUGAAGAUGAAAUGACUGAAAAUCAACGUAAUAUGUUAAAAGGAAUUGUUCCAUUUAGUCUUAUAUGUAAUCAUAAAAAUGAUCAAUUAUUAUUAAAAACUAACAAUAUCAACGAGACGAACUGUCAAUAUUGGCCAUGCAAUAAUAUUUAUACUCAAUGUGAUUAUGUUAAACAUUGUAUUGAUGGUGCUGAUGAAUUAAAUUGUCUCAUUAUAAAAUGUGAAUCACAUGAUGAUGAAGCACAUCAAACACUAUUGUCCAAUCGAUUUUGUUUUUCAUUAAUGGUUUUAAUGGAAGAUUAUUUAAGUUGUAACAUUCUUUACAUAGAAAAUACAACAUAUUUUAAUACAACGAUUAACAGUAAGCCGAUAUCAAUUAUGGAAGAUGACUAUUCAUGUCUAGAUGUAGAGAAGUUAUGUUUCAAAUAUAAUCCAGAAUUUGGGACUCCUGGAGUAUUUUUGGUCGACCCGAGCAUGUUUGCUACAUCAGCAGCAAUUAAAUACUGGCUGUUACAAAUUGAAAAAUAUAUUUGUCCUAUUACGAGAAAGUCUUUUCAUAGAUUUGAAACCACAGAAUGGACUUUUAAAUCUUUACAACUGGGAUAUUUUCCACCAAAUAUCACUAAAGUACCUAAGCGAAAUAGUUCAAUAAUUAACAAAGAACUAUUGAUCAAUACAGAAUCAAACCAUAUUAAGAUGUGGUAUUGUAAUCGAGGAAUUCGCAUUCUUUUUAAUGAUAAAAAUACAACAAAAUGUUUAUGUCCACCAAGUUAUUUUGGUAAUCAAUGUCAAUGGCAAAAUCAACGAAUAAGUUUAACAAUUCAAUUAAUAUAUCGUACAAAUAUGUACAUAACAACAGUUUUUCAAGUUAUUGUUAUGCUUAUUGAUGAACAAAAUCGAAAUGUAUCAUAUUAUGAACAAUUUACAUUCGUACCAAAACGUGAUUGUAGUUCAAAAUAUAAUUUUUAUUUACUUUAUCCAAAUCAACCAAAAAAUUCUUCUAUGAAUUAUUCAAUACAUAUUGAUUUAUUUGAUAAAAUGAAAUUAAUCUAUUUAGGAAGUUGGCAUCUUUCUAUUCCAUUUCAAUUUUUACCUGUUAAUCGAAUAGCUACUCAAUUAUUUAUUCCAAAUUCAAAAAUAAUUUUGAAAUUAUGUCCUUUAUUUUGUGGUAAACAUGGUCAAUGUGUACCAUACAUUAAUAAAAAUCUUUCAUACUUUUGUCAAUGUAAUGAAGGAUAUUCAAGUCAACAAUGUAACAUUCAACAGAAUUGUUCUUGUUCAUUAGAUUCAUAUUGUCUUCGAUCAUCUAUUUGUAUUUGUCCACUACAUAAAUUUGGUUCAAAAUGUUACUUAAAUAAUUCAAUUUGUCAAAUUCCUAAAAAUCCUUGUGAAAAUAAUGGAAUUUGUAUACCUCAUGAUGAUCGUAUAGGUUUAAAUACUUUUACAUGUUUAUGUACGGAAAAUUUCUUCGGAACAAGAUGUGAAAAUCUCAAAAAUCAAAUUGAUAUUGCAUUCAAUGAUAAAAAUAUUGGCAUGAUGUCAAUGAUUUGGAUACCUUUUAUUACUUCAAUAGAAAAUGGUGGUCAUCAGCGUAAUACUUUAUUAAAAAAGAUUAAAUUUGCACAAAACAUAAUUAGUGUUUUUACAAUUGAUCCAUUUCAUGCUAUAUUUAUUGAAUUAACAAAUCAAACCUAUUAUUUAGUUGUAUUAAGAGAAAAAUUUAUCGAAUCCGAAUAUAUUCAAACAAAAAUUUUACCAAAUUAUCGAUGUUCAUCAAUAAACGAAUUAAUGAAUAAUACAUUUUUAAAUUAUUCUUUAUUUCAUCGUGUUAAAUAUUAUCCUCAUUUAUGUCAACAAAAAGAACAAUUGAAAUGUUUCUAUGAUGAUAUAUAUAUAUGUGAAAAUAUUUGUGAAAAUAAUGGUCUAUGCUUUCAAGAUACUCUUAAAUGUCCUCUUCUAUCAAUUUGUGUAUGUCCAUCAUGUUAUUAUGGUACAAAAUGUCAAUUUUCUACUAAAGGAUUUGCAUUAUCUCUUGAUUAUAUUCUUAGUUAUAAUAUUAAACCAAACGUUUCAAUUAAUCGACAACCAUUUAUUAUUCAAAUAAGUAUUUCUAUUGCCACAGUUAUGUUUAUUUUAGGAAUGAUCAAUGCUAUUUUAUCUAUUAUAACAUUUCAAAAUAAAAGAAUAAGAAAAAAUGGUUGUAGUAUCUAUCUUCUUGUUUCAUCAUGGAAUUCUUUAUGUUUAAUUAUUAUAUUGAUAAUUAAAUUUUGGCAAUUAAUUUUAUCACAAAUUUCAAUAAUUAAUAAUCGAUUAUUUCUUAAAUGGAAUUGUAUAUUAUUAGAUGUGAUUCUUAAAAUUUUUGUAGCAUCAAAUGAUUGGUUUUAUGGUUGUAUUGCACUCGAACGAGUAUUUACAGUAAUUAAAGGUAUUCAUUUUAAUCAACAUCAAAGUAAAAAAAUAGCUAAAUGGAUUUGUCUAUUCAUAUAUCUACUAACAAUUUUUACUCAUAUUCAAGAUCCUUUUUAUCGUCAUUUGAUUGAUGAUAUUGAUAUUGAUGAAAAACGAACUUGGUGUUUAGUUCAAUAUUCUUCUGCAUUAAACAUUUUCAAUAUGUCUAUAACAAUUUUACAUUUUAUUCUUCCUUUAUCAGUAAAUAUAAUUUCUACAAUAUUAACAAUAAAACACAUGGCACAUUCUCGUUGGCAAACUCAAAAUGCAAUACCAUUUUCUACACAUUUACGACAACAUUUUAAUAAACAUAAACAUCAUCUAUUCGCAUCAUGUGCAUUAAUUUUAUUGGCUUUACCUCGUCUGAUUAUAUCAUUUAUUAGUGGUUGUAUGAAAUCACCAAGAAAUCCAUGGUUAUAUCUAUUUGGAUAUUUUAUUUCUUUUACUCCCUCUAUGAGUACAUCAAUUAUAUUUAUAUUACCAUCAGAGAAAUAUAAAAAUGAAUUUAUGACAUCUAUUCAAUAUAUUAUUCAACACAUCUGCAUAUAUUUUCACAUAAAAACUCAUAAAAAUAAUUAG